UUCCACUUCAAAACCAAAACUUGUUCUCCACGUUCUCUCUCUCUUCCUCUUUCUCUCUCUUUAUAUAUAACACAUCUUUGCCUUCAAGAAACUCACUUCUUCUCAUAAUCUCAUAACCAACCCAAACACAAACUUAACACUUCAAAAACUCUCCAAUGGCUCCCCUUUACACUACACAAAUUUUUCUAUUACUGAUUAUCUUUGCUUCUCUUUGUUCAUCUCUAGAAGGAAGAAAGCUUCUUAUUGGUUCAGAAAAACAAAACAACAAGAAAGUUAAGCCAUCUUCAACGGACAGUUUGUUUCUCGCUUCACUUCCUAAGGGUACUGUCCAUUCUUCAGCACCAAGCAAGAGAGGGAACUCUGUUGAAGUAGAUGAGAAGCUCGUUGCACGUCAUCUCAUUAGUAAUGAACCUGAAGUAAGGAUUCUUCUGCGAUCUGUUCCUAGUCCUGGUGCUGGCCAUUGAUUGUUUUUUUGGUUCAUUUAUAUACGAUGACACAUUGUUUCAUUUGUUCAGUUUUUUAGUUUUCUAUUUUUUUAAAAGAUUAUUUUUAUAUAUAGGGAUAGAUGAAAUUGUAUAAAAGAGAGUUUAAUGUUAGCUUAGCAUAUAUGUCUUUGUAUUAUUGGUUUUGAAGGAUAAAUUAAAUUAUAUUUAGGAAUGAAUGAUAUGUUUGUUUUUUACUUGACCAACUUUUGUUUUGUUGUUUCUGUAUAAUGUUACCAAAAUGACUUAAUUUAAAAUCAAACAUCUUUUUAGAUUGUUGGUUUGAAACUUCAGAGGCACCAUCGAUUACGAGGUGAUCUGAUUUAAGAUUAAACUAUGUAAGAGAUAAGAAAUGAUCCAAAUAUUAUUUGUGAGAGCAUUUCUUUUACUCUCUUGUGAUUAAAUGUAGUUUCAAACUAUUCAUUUUAUUAUUCAACAAGAUAUUGACCAUGGUUUUAAAUUGCGGACCGCAUCACCUGAUGGGGCCGUAAUAUUGCGGUUGUGGUAGUGUCCGCAUCCGCAUCAGGCCGCAAUUGCGGGGUGAUUGCAAAUCACAAUAAAAACCGCAUCAUAACAUCACAUCGGCCGCAUCAUAACACCGCAUCGGUCGCAUCAAGCCGCAUCAGAUCGCAAGAGAUUAUGAAAUGCUCGCAAAAAUUAUUUGGUCUACCUUCUUUUUUAAUUAUAUCAUAGAUUUACGAUAUAUUUUAAAAGGAUUAGUUAUAUUCAAAAGGGUGACGAAUUAUUAAUGAGAUAUAUAUGAAAAUUUAGAAAGGAAAUCGAAAAUAUGUGAAAUCGAAAAUAAAUAAUAAAAUAUCAUUUUUUAUAUUCAUAAAUAUGAACUCACGCCGCAACGACCGCAUUCCGCAUCGCAACACCUGCAAUAGCCGCAACCGCAGUGACUGUAACAGCAACCGCAUCCGCAGCCGCAACCGCAAUUUAAAACCAUGAUAUUGACUAACCCAAAAAUAUUUAAAGG